AUGGCUUAUCGAAAUGAAAAUGGUUUCCUGCGAACAGGAAAUGCAACAGCAACUGUGCCAACCACAGGAGCAGCUACGAACGAUGCAGAUCGAUCACUGUUAGAUAAACGUGCGAUACAAGAAUUGAUCAAAGAAGUCGAUCCACUGAUGCAGGUUGACGAAGAAGUUGAAGAAAUGUUAGCUCAAAUAGCGGAAGAAUUCGUUGAUUCGACAUUGCUUGCUUCUUGUCAGAAUGCGAAGCAUCGAAAAGCGAAUACAGUCGAAGCAAAAGAUGUUCAACUUCAUCUUGAACGAACAUACAGUAUGUGGGUUCCAGGCUUUGGUACUGAAGAUCCUAAACAGUAUAAGAAGUUUUUGUCAAACGAUUUAUUGAAAGCUUCACUAAAAACACCUUAUAUAUCUACAACAACGAAUCCUAAAAGCUCAACCUCGAAACAACAACCGUCUCAAUCGAGUUAA